AUGUCCAUGUCAGCUUCCGACCAGCUGCGCAGCAACAAAUUUCUUGGGUAAGUACACUGUAAUCAUCCGUGGAUUACAGCACGUCCUAUUUGAUUAAAGCAGUAAAUUUAGGCCUAAAAGAGUAUUACAGCAUUCCGUGAUGUCAUCAAUAUCCUAUCCCGCUGGGACGUCAACCAGAUCUUCUGCGUCAGACUGGAUAGGAGACGUCUGUAGUCUAUGCAGGAGAAGCACCAGCGUAGCUUUAUGUGCUUCCGGCUCAACUUUGAAGUGGAGGGGCGGAGUGGGACUGACGCCUUCGUCCUGAGCAGGUUUGAGAGGGUCGCUAAUUACAAAGACUGCCUUGCUGUUCGACCUUCUUAAGAGGUUAAUUGUUAGCAGGCGGAAAACCUGAUAGGAGUCACUGUAGGGAGGGUGCAGGAGGCUGAAGAACGGCAAUAAAGCAAAUCAUCAAUUAGACGUACAUAUUCAAACAGAGGCCGGGUUGUUUGAAUUGACUUAUGGCAUUUUCAGGUCGACCUACAUAACUUUUCGAUUAGCAAAACUUAUUUUCUCACCUGUAGAAUCAAGCAUAUCAACAGUUGGGUUUAACGCGGAGUUAGGCAAACGCGGCCGCUCAGUAGUCUAUAUUUUCCUGAGCAAUUUACCGAGUGGAUCGUAAAUCCAGGGACGGCAUUAAGGAUGAUCGGAUGGACGAAUUUUAAGCGCCAAAAUAAAAGACUGGGAGUUCAAGCAUGUUUUGCUCACGAACUUGGUGAAAUUCCAGUAAUCAACAUGGCAACCGCCUCCGAGUCAGUCGGAUAAUGCGUGCCAGUAGAUAACGUGGAAUUGGACGUCCGACAUCGAGAUCUUCUGAUGUAGGAAAGACGAUGAGUUAAACUUAGGAUCAAGAUUGAUCGUCAGUAACACUCACUCCAAAGACAGUCAGGAAUCGACAACAAUAGAAACGCCAGCGAAAAUAAGAUAACAAUUUUGCCCCGAUUGCCACAAAACCUGAUCACAAUAUUUCAGCACAGCGAUUAUUAUCCGUUACCAAAACCAGCUCGUAUGUACCGCUUUUUUACAAUCGUUACUUCAGCUUAAGUGUUACAAAAGACAAAAACACAUGAGCAGUAGGAGAACGUGAAGUAGGUCUACCUGUACUCAUAACCACGAGACAAGUCUAGGGAACAUGUCCGAAUUCACUAUUACGUUGAAAAUGACAAGCAGGGCAACUCACGUCCGUCAGAACGAGCAAGUAAUUUAUGGGUUGGAAUAUUCAGUCGGGGUCAGAUAGUUAAACCUGGUUACUGGCAGUCGUGAACGAUCCUCAUCCCUGGUGCCCUAUGUUUGACGACGCGCAAUUCACAUCAUAAGCCUAAAUCCCCAACUGAAGUUACUGGGCAAUCAAGAUCGCCUUCUGGUAAAGAACGAGGUUUGCGCUGCUUACCUUGAAACCGAACAAUGAUCAGCCGGCGGACAUACUACUGAAGAGCUAUGCUCUCGACAUCUACGCGUCAGCUUCAACUGACAGUCAGUACAAUUUCAGCCGUACGAAGCGGCUGCCAGCUGCCUUGCCGUGGUUAUCUAACGGAUAUCGGUUGUUUGAAUGACCUGAAUUGUGGGCACAACUUUAAAAAACCAUAUUCUGGUCAAUUUUGCUCGGCCUUCCAUAUGAAAACAGCGAGGGGGUGUUCAACGUGGGUGAUUGGGGGCGGCUGUUUGUCAACAGACCUGCCAAUUCAGAAUUUUCAUACCGGUCAUACGGCCAGACAGGCUGAUUACCUUUUAACUAGUUUAAAGUUAUAUAACCCGAAUCAAGAAAACAGACCGACGCGCAGUGCCGAGAGCGGCAACGUCCAUGGGACAAACCAUGUUUGCGUUAGUAGACACACGAAAGUUCACUCUUCAUACGCAUCCAACUUAUCAAAUACAAAACGCUCUGACGUUGCAAAACGACGUCAGUACAAUACACCUAGGCUCUGAACCCGAGAACCCGUUGUCACCUUGCAAAUCAAGAGACAGGAAGGCGGAAGGGAGGGUUCAUUAUUGAUGUACUAGUUCGCGAGGCAAGUGAGAGAAUGCUUCAGCUGACUCAGUUGCCCAAAGCAUGGUGGUUCGGCCUGAGAUUUUAAUGGGUGCCGGUCAAGGCGUUUUGAACUUGGUUUCACCACGCUACCCACCUCCUCUCACCUCGGAAAAUCUCCGCAGAGUCUGCCAGACCUGGCGGCGAAAACGGAGGUGGCAAUCUCCAAAAAGCAGUUUUCAAAAUUAAAGGACACUGGGAAAACUUAUCACCUUUUUCCAAGUUAGUAAUGUGUUUUUUGACUGAGUGCAUCUGCUCGGUAUGCGAGUGUGGUUUCACUGUCGACAACUGGACCGAGGUCACUCGCCGGCUUAAACACUUUGAACAUCGCUCAGACUUUUGUGACUAAAUAAUCAGCACCUAUCACUCUCUCCUGCGCACUCCGUGGGGGAGGUGGACAAUUCAGUUUGGAGAAUUUUCUUGCUGAAGUACAUACAUACGCCAGCGCUCUGUUACCCUGGUUCCUUGUGGUGACUGAGCAAGCGUAGAGUGAUAAGAUAGUUACCGGUCCUGAGGCUUCGCGUACCUGUGGCUGUCUAUGAAGAGGAUGGGACAAAUUCACCAGGGGAUCAUAGACUAUUGCAGAGGUCUUUCCUGUUGUGUUUCUGAGGCGGUAUCAGAGUGCGCUUUUCUCUGGACCGAGGCUCCGUAAACCAUGCUUAUGGCCUAGACGUAGAUUUACCGCCCUGCUUUCCAACGGUGGCCUAUUCUUGAAUUCUGUUAUGGACAAUGUCAAUUGAUGGCCGUCUGGUUUUUUCGACUUCGCCGAAGCGCUUGGUGUCGCUGCAACGUCACUGAAGCUGAACGGUGUGUCAGCAAAUGUUAUGAAUGAAUGUUAUUCCUCUACUGCGCUUAUCCCUCUCGACGUGAUUAUCUCACAGCUCUUCCCUUUCUUUUAACUAGUUUCCGCUCUGCUGUUCACUUUACUAAACUUUGCUUCUGACUUCAUCCUCUGAAGGGCCUCACAGGAUUUUCACUACAUUAAAAUUUCACUCGGACGCCAGUUCAAUAACUUCCAUUAGACGGACAAUUUCGUCUCACUUGCAUGAUAUUUCGACUGUUGUUGCCGAUCAUGUUCACCGUCUACUCCAAGGCAUGUUACAGUUAGUGACCUAACUCAUGAAAUGUGUCGAAAUUUGCACACUGCCAAUCGCUCGCAAACCGAAACCAUUUCAAGAGUCCAACGGCUAUAUUAAUUAAGUGCACAUUUAAAAGAAUUAAAGCCAUAAAAUAAAUAUUAAAGGUAGUAUUUCAUUGUUUAGGAAUGCCGAUUUUUUAAGAAAGGCGCAAUAUCCUGAAAACGCCAGAAAUAGCUCUAAUUCAGCAAACUUCGUUUUUAAAUGUAUAGAAUGUAUUCUCAUUCCAAAAACGUAGUAAAUAUGAAAGUAAAAUAAAAUAAUUUUUAAUAAUAGUGUUUCGGUGAAGUUUACAUCUAAAUGUCGUUUAUUAAUUAAUAUGAUUUCAUAUAUGCCAAUUUGUUAACCGCCUAGAGUCUAAAUGUAGAUUCCAAAACAGUUUUCCUGGGAUUUAUGUUAUUUCUGACCAUUUUAAAGUAAAUGAGAUGGGGUUCAACAAGAAAAGCUUCAUUAUGUUUGAUUUUACCGAUGGGGACGUCGUAGGAACAAAAUUCUUCAUAAGGUGACAUGUUAUAUGGGCAGUCGGUGUCUCAUAAAUGUAUAUAGAACUGACAAGCGUGACCGUAAACGUACCGUUUUUUGCUUAUGGAGAGAGUUUUUCUUCUGUUAAAUUAAUUUACACUUUUUGUUCGUUUUAGAUUACAUUGAGUUUCAGACAAACCUCAAAAUUCUGAUAAAUAUUUCACGAUUUUUAGUGUUUUCACCCGCUCGUUCAUAAAGACAGAUUCUGAAUUACUUGUCUGUUGAGAGCUUUAAAAUGAGAUUAUCCUUGAAGGCAUUAACCGAAUUAGUAAGUGUCUGGGCGCUACUUUUCACGACGGUGGUCGUUUGGGUCACAUGUAAAGACUCAUUCAAAGAUCAAACUUCAUUUUCAAGAAAAAUGACUGUUGAAUACCACGGUUAACGUCGGACAUAAAAUAAUUUUUUUCAUUUUCGGCAAAAUCUGUUUAUUAAAACUCUCUAGGGCGAAUUGCUAUCCUUUCAAUGAAAAAGUCACUGAGAUGCGUAAGUGGAGUCUAGGACAUGUAUUAGCAAAGAAAAGUGCACAACUAUAUUCCAAUAUUGGUUUUCGCUAAAUUUACUGAUAUUUUACUUGAUAUAAUUACGUAAACACGAUUUCUGCACAAGAAAAGGAUAUCUUAUUGAAGGCUGUGGAUGGGCGAACAAAAUGCGCAAAGUUAACGACGUACAGAAACUCUCGCAUCAGUGUCCUUUAUCAGAUUACAUGAGAUAGUUCACGUACUGUAGGCGUAAAGACGGCGGCAUCUAUGUACAUUAAUUUAUAGUGGUAGUGGGAUUGCGUUGCAUCGGCCUCACUCUAUCUUUCCCUCACCCUCCCGAGCACGUUGUCAAGGCUGAGUCAGAAAGGUCAGAAGCGGCAUUGGGCGCAGUGGUUAACAGGACUUAACAGCCACCUGCGGUAUCCACACGCGUCUGGUCCGGGGACAAAGGGUCAAGAUUUUUCCAAAAAAAGCAGAGGGACGGUCUACACCCUGGCCGAGUAGAAGUGCCGUUAAGUCCGUGAUAAGAAGGAGCCACUGCGUCCAGAGUUAUUCGUCAGUUGGCAUCCAUCAAGGUCACGGCUUUUGGCACAUAAAUACAAUUUAAGUGCGUGUCACCUUGUCCAAGGUGAGAAUGUGCGCCGAAUGAAAUUCACUUUCUCUUCCACCUCCCGGCACCAGUACACCAUCCGAGUUGAUUAUUCAUCUGGUGUGGGAUUAGGCGCGGAGGCCUGACAGGUCCAACUAGUCCGCUAACGCGUGCCACACCAGCUUUCCACACAACCAAACAUCAUGCUACAAUAACAUACAGAGUGUUGAGCCACAAUUGAAUGCCAUCGUGAAAUCAGUUAAUUUAUCUUCAAACAGUGGACGCACUAAAAUGUCCUCAAGCAGAAUUGUGUGCCGAAGGCAUACUUCUGGAUUAAGGACUUUUAGUUUUAAGAGAUUGGCAGUAUUACUUAACUUGUGGCGGGGUUUCUGCUAAUGAACUGUGUAAGAAUGAUAGGAUAUUCCAAAUCGACGGUGUCUGUGGGAAAUUUUGGGUGAAACUCGGAAAUAAGAAGCUCCUUCCCGUAAGGCAUUUGGUCCUACGCUAAAUUUCAGGGAGAUUUGGGAUGGGGUUAAUUCUGUAGUUGAGUUUAAGGCCAGGACACGGGAGCAGGUACCCUAUAUUGCGGGGGUCUUCACUCCUGUGUCAUACCACACUUGGUUGUUUUUAGCAAAUGUCCACCGACUACCGAUUUGUAUCGCCACACUUAUCCAUAUGCGCUAGACCAUGAGUACACAAGACGAGCUAAAUUUACGAUGAUCGAUUCUUCUUCAAACGAAGUACGCUGGCUUCCUCAAGACACACCAACAUCAAACAAAUGUCUCAAGUUACACAAGACAGACAACUGUAGCAUUAUAGGCACACCAAUUUCACAAUCGUUACUUUUAAAUUGAUACCGCCGUCAGUCUAAAGGGGUUCAAGUGGUUAACAGCUCAAAACCUGGCUCAAAACGGCCCGCUUAAGCAUGGCAGUGAGUCGUGGGCCUUAAGUAGUCGGCGGGUGUUAAUGGCGGGUUCGCUAUUGUGUGUGUCGGACAACCAUUGGAUACGGUGAAAGUCAAGAUGCAAGCAUUCCCCGGGCAUUACAAAAACUCCUGCUUAUGUCUUCAGUUGACUUGGAUAAAAGAUGGGCUUUCAAGAGGCCUUUAUGCUGGAAUCAUUCCGGCUCUAAUUGCAAAUAUUGCCGAAAACGCCGCAAGUUUUGCGCCCUAACAUUUUGUCAAGUAGUGGUAUCAUGGGCAAUGAAAACCGGCUCCUUCAAGCAUCUUUUUGCCUUUCAACAUGCCCUGUCGGGAUUUUUUGGCGGAUUCUUUACCGCCUUGGGCCCGUGUCCCACGGAACUUGUUAAAUGUAAAAUGCAGGGGGUUCAGGAGAUGGCGGAGCUAGGAGGCAUAAAGUUGUCACCACGUGCAUCCUGGCCGUGAUAGUGUUCCGGACUGUAACUCCACGCGUGACGACUGAACCACUUUCACCUCAGUUGUCUCCGUCGCAUCCUGAGGCUGAACUGGCAGGAUCGAAUCCCCGAUACUAAUGUGCUGGAACGGACGGGAAUCCUCAGCAUCUACACCAUGCUGAGACAAACACAGUUGCGCUGGAGCGGCCACCUGGUGCGCAUGGACGAAGAGCGACUACCCAAACGACUCUUCUACGGAGUCGUCCCCACGGGCUCUCGCCGCCAAAGAGGCUAAAUUCGUCAAUAUAAGGAUACUCUGAAGUCCUCUCUGAAGCAUCUGCAAAUUAACACGACCACCUGGGAAGAACUCACUCGCGAUCGACCGACCUGGAGGAGGAAAGUGAAGACAGGCGCUGCGAUCUAUGAGGCCAACCGAAUCGCCGCCGCGAAAGUGAAACGCGAAGCACGCAAAUCACAGCUACGCCCAGUCCGCAACGCCGACGCACAACCGCUUCCAACGUGUCUUCAGUGUCAACGGACAUUGUGGGCACGAAAUGGACUCACUGGACACUUUCGGACCAACUGCAUUUCCAUACCGCACCAACUGCCGCUCCUCCGCCCGCCUCUGCCUCGUCCUCUCCGCCGCCAACUAACUCUGGCAAUUCUUCUGAACCACCACCUCCGUCCUCCCCCUCCUCCUCUUCUUCCUCCUCCUCCUCCCCCUCCUCCUCCCCCCUCCUCCCGCUCUUCCCCCUCCUCCUCCUCUUCCCCCUCCUACUCCUCUUCCCCCGCCUCUUCCUCCUGCCCCACUGCACAAGCCACGGCCGCUCUGGUGGCCGUCACUCACACCAGCAUCACACACAUCCAUAACACAACAACAGACCCCAUCCCUCCAACCUCCGACUCCAGGGGUGAGGACCAGACUACACCUGCCCUCACUGCGACCGCACCUGCACCUCACACAUCGGUCUGGUCAGUCACUCGCGAAUCCAUCGCACAGAGACUGGCGAACCAGUGCCUGGAGCACCAACCUACACCCACCGCACUCGCCUCCACUGUCCACACUGCCCUCGCACCUUCACGCAUCGCAUGGGUCUAUUCGGCCACAUGCGCAUUCACGAGAGCGGAAUUGACCGCAAUACUGACUCACCCACCACGCCAAACCCCAUCCCCACUUAUUCACCCUUUGCGCCCAUCACCGUUAUCGCAAAUGACACCGACACCACAGAUUUCGCCUGCCCACACUGUUCAAGCAGAUUCACCUCUCGCCUCGGCCUGGUCGGUCACUUGCGAAUUCAUCGCACGGAGAAUGGCGAACCAGCACCUGGAGCACCAACCUAUACCUACCAAGCUCGCCUCCACUGCCCACACUGCCCUCGCACUUUCAGGCAUCGCAUGGGCCUACUCGGACACGUGCGCAUCCACGACGACCUGCUGUAGACAACCGCCGGCUACACCACACCAUAACACCCUCCCUCCCUGCCUCCACCACUACCACUACACAACAACACUCACACACCGCAAGCAUCCAACUGCCACCUCCCACGCAAGUGGAAAAUGUGCAUCUCGAAUCGUUCGCCAUGCGGCUUCGGCUGCACGGGUGAUUUGA